AUGAAGUGCUCUAGUGCUACUUUGAAGAGACUGCUCAUGAACAACACCUCUGUUGCAUUCAAUCUCUCCAAACGUAUGUUGCCUAAAUCCUUGAUCGUUGGAACCUCGUUCCCUUUUAAGUGUGGUGCCAUGUCUUGUUCUUGGAACCAGCCACAUCCAUCAUUAAGCCCUCGUUCAAGCAUUUCUGGACAGCCACUUCAAUUUCGCUGUUACGUUGAUGCUUAUUCCUAUGCCAGGGAGCAAGGACUUUGUGCACUUCCCCCUCUUGAAAAUGGCGAUGAAAGAAUGACUCUUGUUUUGGAUUUAGACGAAACAUUAACCACAGUUGAGGCAGACAACAGUAUUGAUUAUCAGAGUUUAGGUAUGGAAAGUUUUACCAUUCCAAGUGGAUAUUUGGUUGUGAAACGUCCUGGGUUGGAUAAAUUUUUAGUGGACAUGUCCAAAUUGUUCGAAAUCGUUUUAUUGACAGCAAGUGUGGACCAUUAUGCGGACUCGAUUUUGGAAUGUUUACCAGAUGUUUUCAGUCAUCGCCUCUAUAGACAUCACCUUUUUGAAACAAAGAAGGUUUCUGAAUUGAAUCGAGAUUUGAAAAAGGUUAUCUUCUUGGAUAAUAAUACUGGCUAUUUACGUGAUAACUUUGAUAACAUGAUGUGCGUGAAAGGAUUUUCAGCAAUGUAUAAAGAGUGCGCCAAAGAUACUGAACUGGAAAAGAUGGCUGACGUUCUGAAGAGAAUUGUUGAAUCAGGGAAGGUCCACGAGGAAGUUAAAACAUGGAACAAAUUAUUUGCUGAAACAAAUAGACCCUUAUUCGAAAAGGAAAUGCUUGAACAAUUAGGAGUACAGUGA